AUGGCCUCGCCAGAUCUCGAUCAGGAUAUCUCUCCUGUACCCCGGUCUCGGGAGGAGAAUCAGGAGAGAGCCUUUAUUGCUGCUUCGCGGCGAAAGGACCGCAGCCUGGAUGCGCGGCUGGAAUCGGCUAACCGGGCGUCGAUGCUGCAUAAGAAGCGCACCGGCAAGGCUUUCCACAUCAGCAAGGAGAUUGUCGAGAAAGAAGCCAUGUAUGAGGAAGUUGAUGAACGCUAUCAAGAGAAACGCAUUCGUAUGCUGCAAGCACAGAACAUGCAAAUCGAAGAGCAAUUCCACCGCCAUCUGCUGGCUGCCUUUGCGGCCAGGGCAAACUCUUCCGCAGCUUCUUCUAUUGCCAGCCGUCGGGCGAGCCUGACACCGCGUGCGUCUGUCGAAGGUAGCACGUCACGAAAGAUGAGCUUGGACCUGUCGAAUCUGCGGUCUCCAUUCCCACAAGGCAUGGACUCCAACUCAAUGACUAGCCCCGCGACUACUGGAGAAGGCUAUUUGAUGUCCCCGACGACGACAUUUGAUCCGAAUACCCAGUCAUACAUGAGCUGCAUGGACGGCUCUAAUGGUUACCCUCCUCACAUGGUCACUACGGCCUCCUCAUCAGCGCAAAUCCCCGCCUACGUUGUCCAGGCGCAAACCCCUGCUCCUACCUGGAAUCAUAUGGCAUGGGCACAUAUGCAACAACAGAUCCCUACUCCUAACCAGACCCCCACCGACACCCAAGCCGUCCGCAUGUGGCAGCAACAAAUGAUGCAGCAAGCGCAAAUGCCCAGCGAUGCCGCCGCAGCCAUCCAGAUGCGACAGUUCAGAGAGCGUUUAGCAUCCGCGCCAGAAUUGCCUGUGCAGCAUCUCGCUCAGCCCAUGGCCCCGGCCGCGUCCAUUUCCGGUCCCAGUGGCGGCCACGGUCACUCCCGCGGCCAUUCUCAGCCUAGCAACAACUUCCACAACCUCCAUCUCCUUACUCAGGGCACACACCUGGCCCAGGUAGCCCCUUCCAACACCAGCUCACCAAAGAUCGAGUCUUACUCCGGGGAGACUCAGUCUACACCUGAAUUCUGCCCUACCCCAAACACCCCUCUGUCUCCGACCGCCCUAGGCACUGGCCAAGGUGGGUCUGUGGUCAAGCCAGAGGGUGACGGCGGUGAUGGCGUUAUGGUUUCCCAUGAAGAGCUGGACCCUGAUUUUAAUGAGUUCAGCCAAUUUGCUCUUGGCCUGGGUAAUACUUCCCUACCUGAGCGGGAGCCCUUUGGCUUCGAUGAGUUCGUAGCAUUGGAUGACUACGGUACGGUCUCCUGCUAA